CGGCAGCGAGGAUAGCUAGGUCCGGAUCCUGAUGGGCACAGGGCGUGCGGGAAGGUCUGGAGGUGCCCGUGGAGGUGUUCUGCUCAUACUUUAGGGGGUUAUUUCUUAAACUCUUAGGGUUUUGUUUUUGUUUUUAAUCAUCCGUUGGGAGUCUGAGAUUCUCUUACUCCCAGAGAGGCUCCUUUCCCUUUCUUGCACCUUUUCCUCUACAGACUUUACUUUUAUUAUGCUGGUUAGACUCUUGGUCCUCCGUCCCCCGGACGUCUUGCCGUUUUAUUUGGCUUUAGUUGUUUUCUUCGGGAGAAUUCCAGCAUCCGAGUGAUCUUUCUCUAGCAGACCCCCCACCCCCACCUUGCCUCCAUCUUGGUUCUCUGGGGGAGACCAGCUCAUCACUGCCGCAGUCCGAGAAAUGGAGCAUGACCGCUCUCGGGAAUCCCCAUCGCGGGAAGGCAGUUCCUUGCCGGGAGAGUGGCCUUCCUCGGCCCUCGGACAGUCCUUCUCCCAGAUUUUGCACCGCCUUACCAGCCAGGAGUCCCGACGGGGCAAGGGCAAAAGUGCAGUUCAGGACCUCGGUGCUCUCAUAGAAGCCACAGAACGCGAUCAGUUUUUUGAGGGGAGUGGCACAUCGCUCCACGGAAUGCCCGAAGUGCUGGGGCAGGUGGCAAAAGCCCUGGAGAAGUAUGCAGCCCCACCCAAGGAGCAGGAAGGUAGAGGUCAUGGUUACUCUGAAGUGGCCGAGAAAGCGGCAGCAGUUGGCUUAGUGUUUCUUAAACUCUUGGGGAAAUUUGAGGCGGCCAAGAAUUCCUUGGUUUGCCCUAAGUGGAAGACAGGCCUACGUGACUUGGCAGGACCCAUCUAUAUUUUUGCGGUCACACACAGCUUGGAGCAACCAUGGACCAGCCCAAGAUCCCAUGACGUUGCUGGAGAGGUGCUCGCCUUACUCCUUCAAGUUACUGAGUGUGGUUCUGUGGCAGGAUUUCUGCACGGAGAAAAUGAAGAUGAGAAAGGGAGAUUUAUUUUAAUAAUGGAGCUUCUUAAACCCGAUUUGAAUAAAGAAUCCUGGAAGAAUAACCCUGCCACAAAACAUGUUUUCUCAUGGACUCUGCAGCAGGUCUCUCGACCCUGGCUGAACCAACAUCUGGAGAGGAUACUUCCCCCAUCGCUGCUCAUCUCGGAUGACUAUCAAACAGAGAACAAAAUACUGGGUGUCCACUGCCUCCGUCACAUCGUGCUUAAUGUGCCAGCUGCUGAUUUGCUCCAGUAUAACAGAGCCCAGGUCCUCUACCACGCCCUUUUCAACCACCUGUACACACCGGAGUACCGCCUCAUCCAGGCUGUGCUCUCGUGUCUGCUGGACUUCUUCCCCGUCUUGGAGAAAGGCCUGCACUGGAAGGGAGGUGGGGCUCGACCCACCACACACUGUGACGAGGUGCUGCAGUUGAUCCUGACCCACAUGGAGCCAGAGCACCGCCUUCUCUUACGUAGGACCUAUGCAAGAAACCUGCCAGCGUUUGUGAAGAGGUUGGGGAUCCUAACUGUCCGGCACUUGAAGAGGCUGGAGCGAGUCAUCAUCAGCUACCUGGAGGUUUACGAUGGGCCAGAGGAGGAGGCUAGACUGAAGACACUGGAAACCUUAAAACUUCUCAUGCAGUACACUUGGCCCAGAGUUUCCUGUAGACGUGUGGUCUUAUUGAAGGCUCUCUUGAAACUGAUCUGUGAUGUAGCAAGGGAUCCAAACCUUACACCUGAGCCUGUUAAGAGCGCCUUGUUAGAAGAGGCCACAGAUUGCCUGAUUCUCCUGGACCACUGUUGUCAAGGACAAGUGAAGUUUUCAAGUCCUGGAUCCAAUCUAAUUUGCAUCGGCUGGGAUCAGUCUGCUGCUUCCUGAGCCAGCAGGACAUCUGCCUACAUGCCAACACAGCUUUUAAAGUUACACCUGUUCCAUGAACUGUUCCCUAGUCUCAUCCAUUCUUUCUCUUUGAACAUGGUACCGAGAAACAAGAACCGAGGUAAAAGGAACAGAAGUAUCAAUUAAAAAGAAAAAGCCUGUUUGGUUUCAUAUUUCAGGGUCUCCUGGUCAAAAUUCUCCAAAGCUGUGAAGACACCAAGGUGGUGAACUGUAUCAGAAAAGUCCAGCAGGUUUCUGAAGGCACGCCUUACGAUGGAACUUAAGAUUUGUCUUACUUUCCUAAAACAGGAAGACUUUUCUUC